AUGAAAUCCUGCUACAAAUCAUUGCUUAAAAUUACUGUUGCUAUAUUAUUGAUGCAUUUAGUUUCCAAUAAUAGAGCCUUAGCCAGAGUUCACCCACCAUCUUCUUUGUCUUCAGCUACUUCUUCAUCCUCUCAAACUCUCCUACAUAGACACUCAGACAAGGAAAAGCCAGUCACCACCGAGCCAGUAUUCGACAGCCUUCGAAGAAUACCUCCUAGCAUUCCGAAUCCUACUCAGAACAAGUUGAAGCCAAGGAAGGGCUGA